AUGGUUUAAUGCAAGUGAAAGAAGUGCAGCUUUCUUCUUAAUAAGGUGAAAAACAAAUCAAUUUAAUAAUGUCUGCCGUUCACAAACAAACAUUUUUACAAAACGUUAACCCUCUUCAUGUGGUCCCCGCAUGUAACGGCGUUUAUUUCGCGUUUCCUUUUUCAAAAAUAUCGAUCGGAAUUUGCAGUUUCAAGAGUUUGCACAAACUCGACGAAAAACCUGUGUAUUUGAGGGAACAUAAACAAAACGUUAACGCCUUGGCCUUCAGCAAUAGCCGGCAGUCAUCUUUGCUAUGUUCUGCAGCUGCCGAUUACGUCAUUGUUUGGAAUGUGAAAAACGCCCACGAAAAAUCUGCAGCUGGGGAAAAAAUCAAAGGGCAGAUAAUCGGUUUGGAAUUGGGAGAGGUUUACCACUGUUCUUUUAGCAUGGAUGACAGUUCAGUAGCUGUUUGUGUUAAAGAUGCUAUAUAUUUACUGAAGUCAAGUGAAGAAAAAACAAUAGCAGUGUUGGAAGGUCACAGGGGAGUUGUAAAUGUGGCAUUGUUUUGUCCCCAUUACUCGGCUACCAUCGUAUCGAUUGGUGAGGAUCGAACAUUUAUUGUAUGGGAUGUUAACGAAUUCACCUUGCUUUAUCAGUCAACAAUAAUUUCAUCCUCUCAGUUUAUCACCUUUGCAAUGAACUGGUUUGAACCACAUUUUACAAUCGGGUCAUCGGAUGGCAUUCUCAGAACCUAUGAUUUAUCCGACGGCAACGAUUUUCGACCCCUACAUCAAAUUGAUAUAGAGAAAUUGCUUUCAAAGGAAAUAGAAAAUAGGGAAAGUUGUAAAAAGAAUCAAAUAGGAGAUGGUCCAGUUAGAGUCACUAAACGUGGAACGACACAGAUGACAAAUUCUGAUGAGUUAAAUGACGAUAGUACUGAAUAUGGCAGCAGCAUUAUUAGUGUAAAAUAUGCGUAUCCCACAAACCACCACGAAGCCGCUGAUAAUGUUGCUCCCCAGUUCCGUAAUUCAGUCGUUCCUGAACUACUUAAAGCUUCGAGUCCAGUCCUGUUAGUUGCAACUACUGGACACUUGCUUCAGAUCAACCCGAAAAAUCACAAACUUCUCGGUCUUCUUUCACAUAGGAAUUCCAUUCCCAGUGUCGAGAUCGGCAAAAUGAGUGAAACGGUCGGAGCCAGCAGAUAUUGCGAGUUUGCACAAGGGUCGUCGAGAUUUGAAAUCUGGGCAAUGAUCGGGACGUAUUUUAAAAACAAACUGCAUGUUAUUCAGUGGCAAUUGAACGAUACUGAUAACACACAGAGCAACAGCGAAGAACCUGAUAUUGAAAAUGUUCUUGAACAACUGAAGGUCACCGAUGAUGCGUUACCUGCUGCAAAUAAUCCACAUCAACUGAGUAUUGUUGCCACUGUGCCCCUCUGCGAAAAAUCACCUCUUAAUUCUGAAAUGACUCCAAAUGCAAAGAGCGACAAAUCCAAGAAAGUGCCGAAUAAGAAACUUGUAUCCAUGGAAACGAGAAGAAAGAGUGAUCCUAUGAACCAACCUUUGACCUUUCAUAAAAAGGUCGUAUCGUCAGGAUAUGGUGAUUCUCCAAAAGGAAAGUUUUUUCAGCCAACAGUUUUUAAAUCUGCGUCAGCCAGCGCAGUGAAGAAGAAACCGACAUCUGCCAGUGUGAGCAGCUUGUUUCAUGAAAGUUAUCCAGUCGUCGGUGAACCGUGUCGGGUCAAAGGUGAAAAGGUCAUGGUAGAUGAAAGAUCGACUCCUAUAAACAGAAUUGCUUUUUCCGAUGAUGGUAAAAAUCUUGCAUGUGCAUUGUCCAAUGGAACAGCAUCGAUCUAUAAGCAUCCCGUCAAAGCAAACAAUUGUUCUUCGCUUGUGGUGCAUGAUGGGAGUGUCAAUACCGUUGCCUGGAGUCACAGUGGAAAUUAUCUUCUCACCGCAUCCGAUGACAAGACCGUUGCAUUGUGGUCAAACAAGUCCAGUGAUCCGGUGAUGAGGAUCGAAAAAACCAUCAACAAUUUCUCGGUCAACAAAGAUCAACCGAAAAUCGAAAAAAACAACCAGCCUUUCGGAAAAGAAAUCAAACACGCCCAGUUUUACUAUGUGGACAAAUUCAUUCUUUUAUCGAGUGCUGGUAAACUGUAUCUCUACAAAUACCACUUGGACUCGAAUAAGGACGACAUCAAGCGGUACGUCUCAAAGAGCUUCUACCGUCUGGUUCAACAGUGGGAGACAGACAGUGUGACCUUGACCUGUGUCGCGGCCGUAAACGCGUUCCACUCUCACGUCGUUGUUUGCGCCGGAUCGAACCGAAACAUCGAACUGUUCGACAUGAACGAAGGGAAGCUUGUGUCUACGAUUGCUGAUUCACAUUCCCGGCCCGUCCACUCGAUCGGUUUAAACAGAGGAUCCGCUUUUUCUACACAACCUCAGACAGCAUACAAUCUAUUCGCCUCAGCAGCUCUUGCCGACUGUAUUAAACUCUGGGACACGCGGACCCAGAAAUGUGUUCAGCGGUUGGAAGGUCACGUGAACAAGGCCCAUAACUGCGGUCUGGAAAUAAGUCCCUGCGGAACCUAUCUUGCCUCUGGGUCGGAAGACAAAUGUGUGUACGUGUUCGAUCUACGUAAAGGUACUUAUUGCGAGAAGCUUCGGGGACACACGAAUGUCGUGUCGGAUGUCGCGUUUCAUCCUGCCUAUCCUUGCCUCAUGACGGGAAGUUUAGGGGGUACCCUGUUGUCGUACCUACCAAAAUGAUUCAGCAUUGUGAGGUGUAAACCCAACAAAAUUAAUAAGCAGGGAGAUUGUGAAAAUCAUCGUUUCGUUCGUGCAUUGCUCGCGCAAAUGUAAUUUUGUGUAACCUACUUUUUAUUAACUAGUGCAAAAUUUGGAGCACCAUUUACUUAGGAGAUAACCAUAGGGAGUUUUCAGAUUUGCGGCUGUUAUUGUCUAUUUCAUCCUGUAACACUCACAAAUCUAAAAACUCCAUACGGUUAUAUCCAUUGUAAACUGAAAAAUAUUUUUACGGAACUAACUGUAUAUUUGGU